AUGGAGAAGAAGAUCACAGAGAAGAUCGCGGCUUUGCCGCCUGAUGCCAAUUACUUCUCUUUGGAGUUCUUCCCUCCAAAGACUCGGAUGGGCUUCGCCAACCUGUCCGCCCGUCUGGAGCGCAUGGCCCAGGCUCUCCGUCCGCUAUUCGUCACCGUAACUUGGGGUGCUGGUGGUAGCACCGCCGCGCGCUCCCUCGAGCUGGCAGAAGUAUGCCAGCGCCAGCUGCAGUUGACCACCGUGCUCCACCUGACAUGUACGAACAUGAGCCGCAAACUUGUGGAUAUGGCACUAGAUGAGGCUAAGGUGCUGGGGAUUCGCAAUAUCCUCGCGCUCCGUGGUGACCCUCCUCGCAGUGAAGAAUACAACAUGCACGGAGAGGACGACAGCAACAAGGACUUCACUUUUGCCGUCGAUCUGGUGCGCUACAUUCGUGCUACGCACGGUGACUACUUCUGUGUCGGUGUUGCUGCAUACCCCGAGGGCCACCCCGCCGACUCGUUCCAAGACACCCAGGACCCAGCCAGAGAUAUUCCCUACCUGGUUGAGAAGACGCAGGCCGGGGCGGAUUUCAUCAUGACGCAGUUAACUUACGACAUCGAUGCCUACCAGAAGUUCGAAGACAUGCUCCGCAACCAUGAAUCCGGUGCUUUCAAGACCAUCCCCAUCAUCCCGGGUCUCAUGCCCAUUCACAGCUACAAGAUUCUUACCCGUGUGACAAAGCUCAGCCAUGUCACCAUCCCUCCGCCUAUCGCAAACCGUAUGGAAGAGCUGAAGCAUGAUGAUGACGCUGUCAAGCGUGCCGGUGUCGAUAUUGUCAGCGAGAUCGUUGAUGGUAUCAAGGAUAUCCGUUGCCCUGGACCGAGGGGAUUCCACUUCUACACCCUCAACCUGGAGAAGACCGUUUCCUUCAUUCUCGAACAAUGCAAGCUGAUCCCUGAAUACCAGGGAGACUCUGCUAUCGAGGAUGGCCCAUCUAUCCCUCUUGAUUUCCCUGGACGUGCCCUCGGAAGACGCCGUGCUUCUUCCAUCAACUCUCAACCCCACAACCGUGUCAUUGUUGACAGACUGUCUGGAAAGGAGUCAUCAGAGAAUUCCGUGCAUGAAGCACGCUCAGACCGCGCCGGUAUGCCGGCAAUGCCACCUAACCGUAGCACUACCCUUCUUAUUUCCGAGGGUCAGGGCUCACUCGGCAGAGAGGCUACUUGGGAUGAUUUCCCCAACGGACGAUGGGGUGAUGCUCGUUCCCCCGCUUUCGGUGAGAUUGAUGGAUACGGACCCUCGCUUCACGUCACUUCCAACGCUGCACGCCGCUUGUGGGGUCACCCCGUCGACUCGUCCGACAUGAGCACGCUCUUCCGUCGCCAUGUUUCCGGAGAGCUACACAUGGUCCCAUGGUCAGAGGGUGGAGCCGAGGAAGACGGCAGUGGCCUGAAUGCAGAGACUGACCUCAUUCGGCCGGAACUCCUCAAGCUCAUUGAUGGACGUGGUUGGUGGACACUUGCAUCCCAGCCCGCUGUGAAUGGCGUACACAGUGACCAUCCCAUCUUCGGCUGGGGUCCCCAGCGCGAAGGAUUUGUAUUCCAAAAGCCCUUCGUUGAGUUCUUUUGCUCCAACAAUGACUACACCAACAUCCUCAAGCCCAUGUUCAAGAAGCACGGCCAUGACAAGAUGACCUGGUUCGCUACAAAUAUCAAGGGUGACUUUGAAUCCUCUCUUCCCACCCAACCGGCUGAUGUCGAGCUUGACGAUCUCGGUGACAACCCCGAGAGUGUUAAUGCCGUCACCUGGGGUGUCUUCCGUGGUAAGGAAAUUGUCACCCCGACCAUUAUUGAAGAGGUCAGUUUCCGCGCCUGGGGCGAAGAGGCUUUCCGCAUCUGGGACGAGUGGCGCCGCAUCUACCCCCGCGGCUCGCCAACCGAGACUUACCUCGACACCACUAAGAAUGAUGCCUGGUUGGUCUGUGUCGUCGGUCAACAAUUCGGUGCCGGUACCAAGCAGGGCUCCAAGGAGGAGGAAGACGAGGUCAAGUGGAUGUGGCGUGUGUUGGCUGGCGAGGAGGUAUGA